AUGAACUUUUUGACCCUCUGCAGACCUGUGCCUGGUCUCGGUCAGGAUCCUAACACAGAGGUGGAUUUGGAACUGGAGUUCAAUGCGACCUCCACAGUACCUAUCCCCAAGGACAGUGACAUUGUUGAAACAUUGAAAGAGGCUGUGACCAAUCCAAACUCUAACUUCAACUUAUCUUUGGAUCUGAACACCAUCACUGUGAUAAAUACCCCUGCUACAACAACUGUUCCUGCUACAACUGCCAUAACAACGGCACCUCCUCCAGUGGUGGAAUUACAAGUCACCUUGCAGCAAGCUUUUGUACCAGCCUUGACUGACCCUCAAAGCACAGAAUUCAAAACACUAUCAGUAACCAUUACUACAAUUUGUGACACAAUCUUCCGACAAAGAUAUGGGCUUAGUUUCGUUCAGACGACUGUUACUCAAUUCAGACCUGUGCCUCGUCUCGGUCAGGAUCCUAACACAGAGGUGGAUUUGGAACUGGAGUUCAAUGCGACCUCCACAGUACCUAUCCCCAAGGACAGUGACAUUGUUGAAACAUUGAAAGAGGCUGUGACCAAUCCAAACUCUAACUUCAACUUAUCUUUGGAUCUGAACUCCAUCACUGUGAUAAAUACCCCUGCUACAACAACUGUUCCUGCUACAACUGCCAUAACAACGGCACCUCCUCCAGUGGUGGAAUUACAAGUCACCUUGCAGCAAGCUUUUGUACCAGCCUUGACUGACCCUCAAAGCACAGAAUUCAAAACACUAUCAGUAACCAUUACUACAAUUUGUGACACAAUCUUCCGACAAAGAUAUGGGCUUAGUUUCGUUCAGACGACUGUUACUCAAUUCAGACCUGUGCCUCGUCUCGGUCAGGAUCCUAACACAGAGGUGGAUUUGGAACUGGAGUUCAAUGCGACCUCCACAGUACCUAUCCCCAAGGACAGUGACAUUGUUGAAACAUUGAAAGAGGCUGUGACCAAUCCAAACUCUAACUUCAACUUAUCUUUGGAUCUGAACUCCAUCACUGUGAUAAAUACCCCUGCUACAACAACUGUUCCUGCUACAACUGCCAUAACAACGGCACCUCCUCCAGUGGUGGAAUUACAAGUCACCUUGCAGCAAGCUUUUGUACCAGCCUUGACUGACCCUCAAAGCACAGAAUUCAAAACACUAUCAGUAACCAUUACUACAAUUUGUGACACAAUCUUCCGACAAAGAUAUGGGCUUAGUUUCGUUCAGACGACUGUUACUCAAUUCAGACCUGUGCCUCGUCUCGGUCAGGAUCCUAACACAGAGGUGGAUUUGGAACUGGAGUUCAAUGCGACCUCCACAGUACCUAUCCCCAAGGACAGUGACAUUGUUGAAACAUUGAAAGAGGCUGUGACCAAUCCAAACUCUAACUUCAACUUAUCUUUGGAUCUGAACUCCAUCACUGUGAUAAAUACCCCUGCUACAACAACUGUUCCUGCUACAACUGCCAUAACAACGGCACCUCCUCCAGUGGUGGAAUUACAAGUCACCUUGCAGCAAGCUUUUGUACCAGCCUUGACUGACCCUCAAAGCACAGAAUUCAAAACACUAUCAGUAACCAUUACUACAAUUUGUGACACAAUCUUCCGACAAAGAUAUGGGCUUAGUUUCGUUCAGACGACUGUUACUCAAUUCAGACCUGUGCCUCGUCUCGGUCAGGAUCCUAACACAGAGGUGGAUUUGGAACUGGAGUUCAAUGCGACCUUUACAGUACCUAUCCCCAAGGACAGUGACAUUGUUGAAACAUUGAAAGAGGCUGUGACCAAUCCAAACUCUAACUUCAACUUAUCUUUGGAUCUGAACUCCAUCACUGUGAUAAAUACCCCUGCUACAACAACUGUUCCUGCUACAACUGCCAUAACAACGGCACCUCCUCCAGUGGUGGAAUUACAAGUCACCUUGCAGCAAGCUUUUGUACCAGCCUUGACUGACCCUCAAAGCACAGAAUUCAAAACACUAUCAGUAACCAUUACUACAAUUUGUGACACAAUCUUCCGACAAAGAUAUGGGCUUAGUUUCGUUCAGACGACUGUUACUCAAUUCAGACCUGUGCCUCGUCUCGGUCAGGAUCCUAACACAGAGGUGGAUUUGGAACUGGAGUUCAAUGCGACCUCCACAGUACCUAUCCCCAAGGACAGUGACAUUGUUGAAACAUUGAAAGAGGCUGUGACCAAUCCAAACUCUAACUUCAACUUAUCUUUGGAUCUGAACUCCAUCACUGUGAUAAAUACCCCUGCUACAACAACUGUUCCUGCUACAACUGCCAUAACAACGGCACCUCCUCCAGUGGUGGAAUUACAAGUCACCUUGCAGCAAGCUUUUGUACCAGCCUUGACUGACCCUCAAAGCACAGAAUUCAAAACACUAUCAGUAACCAUUACUACAAUUUGUGACACAAUCUUCCGACAAAGAUAUGGGCUUAGUUUCGUUCAGACGACUGUUACUCAAUUCAGACCUGUGCCUCGUCUCGGUCAGGAUCCUAACACAGAGGUGGAUUUGGAACUGGAGUUCAAUGCGACCUCCACAGUACCUAUCCCCAAGGACAGUGACAUUGUUGAAACAUUGAAAGAGGCUGUGACCAAUCCAAACUCUAACUUCAACUUAUCUUUGGAUCUGAACUCCAUCACUGUGAUAAAUACCCCUGCUACAACAACUGUUCCUGCUACAACUGCCAUAACAACGGCACCUCCUCCAGUGGUGGAAUUACAAGUCACCUUGCAGCAAGCUUUUGUACCAGCCUUGACUGACCCUCAAAGCACAGAAUUCAAAACACUAUCAGUAACCAUUACUACAAUUUGUGACACAAUCUUCCGACAAAGAUAUGGGCUUAGUUUCGUUCAGACGACUGUUACUCAAUUCAGACCUGUGCCUCGUCUCGGUCAGGAUCCUAACACAGAGGUGGAUUUGGAACUGGAGUUCAAUGCGACCUCCACAGUACCUAUCCCCAAGGACAGUGACAUUGUUGAAACAUUGAAAGAGGCUGUGACCAAUCCAAACUCUAACUUCAACUUAUCUUUGGAUCUGAACUCCAUCACUGUGAUAAAUACCCCUGCUACAACAACUGUUCCUGCUACAACUGCCAUAACAACGGCACCUCCUCCAGUGGUGGAAUUACAAGUCACCUUGCAGCAAGCUUUUGUACCAGCCUUGACUGACCCUCAAAGCACAGAAUUCAAAACACUAUCAGUAACCAUUACUACAAUUUGUGACACAAUCUUCCGACAAAGAUAUGGGCUUAGUUUCGUUCAGACGACUGUUACUCAAUUCAGACCUGUGCCUCGUCUCGGUCAGGAUCCUAACACAGAGGUGGAUUUGGAACUGGAGUUCAAUGCGACCUCCACAGUACCUAUCCCCAAGGACAGUGACAUUGUUGAAACAUUGAAAGAGGCUGUGACCAAUCCAAACUCUAACUUCAACUUAUCUUUGGAUCUGAACUCCAUCACUGUGAUAAAUACCCCUGCUACUACAACUGUUCCUGCUACAACUGCCAUAACAACGGCACCUCCUCCAGUGGUGGAAUUACAAGUCACCUUGCAGCAAGCUUUUGUACCAGCCUUGACUGACCCUCAAAGCACAGAAUUCAAAACACUAUCAGUAACCAUUACUACAAUUUGUGACACAAUCUUCCGACAAAGAUAUGGGCUUAGUUUCGUUCAGACGACUGUUACUCAAUUCAGACCUGUGCCUCGUCUCGGUCAGGAUCCUAACACAGAGGUGGAUUUGGAACUGGAGUUCAAUGCGACCUCCACAGUACCUAUCCCCAAGGACAGUGACAUUGUUGAAACAUUGAAAGAGGCUGUGACCAAUCCAAACUCUAACUUCAACUUAUCUUUGGAUCUGAACUCCAUCACUGUGAUAAAUACCCCUGCUACAACAACUGUUCCUGCUACAACUGCCAUAACAACGGCACCUCCUCCAGUGGUGGAAUUACAAGUCACCUUGCAGCAAGCUUUUGUACCAGCCUUGACUGACCCUCAAAGCACAGAAUUCAAAACACUAUCAGUAACCAUUACUACAAUUUGUGACACAAUCUUCCGACAAAGAUAUGGGCUUAGUUUCGUUCAGACGACUGUUACUCAAUUCAGACCUGUGCCUCGUCUCGGUCAGGAUCCUAACACAGAGGUGGAUUUGGAACUGGAGUUCAAUGCGACCUCCACAGUACCUAUCCCCAAGGACAGUGACAUUGUUGAAACAUUGAAAGAGGCUGUGACCAAUCCAAACUCUAACUUCAACUUAUCUUUGGAUCUGAACUCCAUCACUGUGAUAAAUACCCCUGCUACAACAACUGUUCCUGCUACAACUGCCAUAACAACGGCACCUCCUCCAGUGGUGGAAUUACAAGUCACCUUGCAGCAAGCUUUUGUACCAGCCUUGACUGACCCUCAAAGCACAGAAUUCAAAACACUAUCAGUAACCAUUACUACAAUUUGUGACACAAUCUUCCGACAAAGAUAUGGGCUUAGUUUCGUUCAGACGACUGUUACUCAAUUCAGACCUGUGCCUCGUCUCGGUCAGGAUCCUAACACAGAGGUGGAUUUGGAACUGGAGUUCAAUGCGACCUCCACAGUACCUAUCCCCAAGGACAGUGACAUUGUUGAAACAUUGAAAGAGGCUGUGACCAAUCCAAACUCUAACUUCAACUUAUCUUUGGAUCUGAACUCCAUCACUGUGAUAAAUACCCCUGCUACAACAACUGUUCCUGCUACAACUGCCAUAACAACGGCACCUCCUCCAGUGGUGGAAUUACAAGUCACCUUGCAGCAAGCUUUUGUACCAGCCUUGACUGACCCUCAAAGCACAGAAUUCAAAACACUAUCAGUAACCAUUACUACAAUUUGUGACACAAUCUUCCGACAAAGAUAUGGGCUUAGUUUCGUUCAGACGACUGUUACUCAAUUCAGACCUGUGCCUCGUCUCGGUCAGGAUCCUAACACAGAGGUGGAUUUGGAACUGGAGUUCAAUGCGACCUCCACAGUACCUAUCCCCAAGGACAGUGACAUUGUUGAAACAUUGAAAGAGGCUGUGACCAAUCCAAACUCUAACUUCAACUUAUCUUUGGAUCUGAACUCCAUCACUGUGAUAAAUACCCCUGCUACAACAACUGUUCCUGCUACAACUGCCAUAACAACGGCACCUCCUCCAGUGGUGGAAUUACAAGUCACCUUGCAGCAAGCUUUUGUACCAGCCUUGACUGACCCUCAAAGCACAGAAUUCAAAACACUAUCAGUAACCAUUACUACAAUUUGUGACACAAUCUUCCGACAAAGAUAUGGGCUUAGUUUCGUUCAGACGACUGUUACUCAAUUCAGACCUGUGCCUCGUCUCGGUCAGGAUCCUAACACAGAGGUGGAUUUGGAACUGGAGUUCAAUGCGACCUCCACAGUACCUAUCCCCAAGGACAGUGACAUUGUUGAAACAUUGAAAGAGGCUGUGACCAAUCCAAACUCUAACUUCAACUUAUCUUUGGAUCUGAACUCCAUCACUGUGAUAAAUACCCCUGCUACAACAACUGUUCCUGCUACAACUGCCAUAACAACGGCACCUCCUCCAGUGGUGGAAUUACAAGUCACCUUGCAGCAAGCUUUUGUACCAGCCUUGACUGACCCUCAAAGCACAGAAUUCAAAACACUAUCAGUAACCAUUACUACAAUUUGUGACACAAUCUUCCGACAAAGAUAUGGGCUUAGUUUCGUUCAGACGACUGUUACUCAAUUCAGACCUGUGCCUCGUCUCGGUCAGGAUCCUAACACAGAGGUGGAUUUGGAACUGGAGUUCAAUGCGACCUCCACAGUACCUAUCCCCAAGGACAGUGACAUUGUUGAAACAUUGAAAGAGGCUGUGACCAAUCCAAACUCUAACUUCAACUUAUCUUUGGAUCUGAACUCCAUCACUGUGAUAAAUACCCCUGCUACAACAACUGUUCCUGCUACAACUGCCAUAACAACGGCACCUCCUCCAGUGGUGGAAUUACAAGUCACCUUGCAGCAAGCUUUUGUACCAGCCUUGACUGACCCUCAAAGCACAGAAUUCAAAACACUAUCAGUAACCAUUACUACAAUUUGUGACACAAUCUUCCGACAAAGAUAUGGGCUUAGUUUCGUUCAGACGACUGUUACUCAAUUCAGACCUGUGCCUCGUCUCGGUCAGGAUCCUAACACAGAGGUGGAUUUGGAACUGGAGUUCAAUGCGACCUCCACAGUACCUAUCCCCAAGGACAGUGACAUUGUUGAAACAUUGAAAGAGGCUGUGACCAAUCCAAACUCUAACUUCAACUUAUCUUUGGAUCUGAACUCCAUCACUGUGAUAAAUACCCCUGCUACAACAACUGUUCCUGCUACAACUGCCAUAACAACGGCACCUCCUCCAGUGGUGGAAUUACAAGUCACCUUGCAGCAAGCUUUUGUACCAGCCUUGACUGACCCUCAAAGCACAGAAUUCAAAACACUAUCAGUAACCAUUACUACAAUUUGUGACACAAUCUUCCGACAAAGAUAUGGGCUUAGUUUCGUUCAGACGACUGUUACUCAAUUCAGACCUGUGCCUCGUCUCGGUCAGGAUCCUAACACAGAGGUGGAUUUGGAACUGGAGUUCAAUGCGACCUCCACAGUACCUAUCCCCAAGGACAGUGACAUUGUUGAAACAUUGAAAGAGGCUGUGACCAAUCCAAACUCUAACUUCAACUUAUCUUUGGAUCUGAACUCCAUCACUGUGAUAAAUACCCCUGCUACAACAACUGUUCCUGCUACAACUGCCAUAACAACGGCACCUCCUCCAGUGGUGGAAUUACAAGUCACCUUGCAGCAAGCUUUUGUACCAGCCUUGACUGACCCUCAAAGCACAGAAUUCAAAACACUAUCAGUAACCAUUACUACAAUUUGUGACACAAUCUUCCGACAAAGAUAUGGGCUUAGUUUCGUUCAGACGACUGUUACUCAAUUCAGACCUGUGCCUCGUCUCGGUCAGGAUCCUAACACAGAGGUGGAUUUGGAACUGGAGUUCAAUGCGACCUCCACAGUACCUAUCCCCAAGGACAGUGACAUUGUUGAAACAUUGAAAGAGGCUGUGACCAAUCCAAACUCUAACUUCAACUUAUCUUUGGAUCUGAACUCCAUCACUGUGAUAAAUACCCCUGCUACAACAACUGUUCCUGCUACAACUGCCAUAACAACGGCACCUCCUCCAGUGGUGGAAUUACAAGUCACCUUGCAGCAAGCUUUUGUACCAGCCUUGACUGACCCUCAAAGCACAGAAUUCAAAACACUAUCAGUAACCAUUACUACAAUUUGUGACACAAUCUUCCGACAAAGAUAUGGGCUUAGUUUCGUUCAGACGACUGUUACUCAAUUCAGACCUGUGCCUCGUCUCGGUCAGGAUCCUAACACAGAGGUGGAUUUGGAACUGGAGUUCAAUGCGACCUCCACAGUACCUAUCCCCAAGGACAGUGACAUUGUUGAAACAUUGAAAGAGGCUGUGACCAAUCCAAACUCUAACUUCAACUUAUCUUUGGAUCUGAACUCCAUCACUGUGAUAAAUACCCCUGCUACAACAACUGUUCCUGCUACAACUGCCAUAACAACGGCACCUCCUCCAGUGGUGGAAUUACAAGUCACCUUGCAGCAAGCUUUUGUACCAGCCUUGACUGACCCUCAAAGCACAGAAUUCAAAACACUAUCAGUAACCAUUACUACAAUUUGUGACACAAUCUUCCGACAAAGAUAUGGGCUUAGUUUCGUUCAGACGACUGUUACUCAAUUCAGACCUGUGCCUCGUCUCGGUCAGGAUCCUAACACAGAGGUGGAUUUGGAACUGGAGUUCAAUGCGACCUCCACAGUACCUAUCCCCAAGGACAGUGACAUUGUUGAAACAUUGAAAGAGGCUGUGACCAAUCCAAACUCUAACUUCAACUUAUCUUUGGAUCUGAACUCCAUCACUGUGAUAAAUACCCCUGCUACAACAACUGUUCCUGCUACAACUGCCAUAACAACGGCACCUCCUCCAGUGGUGGAAUUACAAGUCACCUUGCAGCAAGCUUUUGUACCAGCCUUGACUGACCCUCAAAGCACAGAAUUCAAAACACUAUCAGUAACCAUUACUACAAUUUGUGACACAAUCUUCCGACAAAGAUAUGGGCUUAGUUUCGUUCAGACGACUGUUACUCAAUUCAGACCUGUGCCUCGUCUCGGUCAGGAUCCUAACACAGAGGUGGAUUUGGAACUGGAGUUCAAUGCGACCUCCACAGUACCUAUCCCCAAGGACAGUGACAUUGUUGAAACAUUGAAAGAGGCUGUGACCAAUCCAAACUCUAACUUCAACUUAUCUUUGGAUCUGAACUCCAUCACUGUGAUAAAUACCCCUGCUACAACAACUGUUCCUGCUACAACUGCCAUAACAACGGCACCUCCUCCAGUGGUGGAAUUACAAGUCACCUUGCAGCAAGCUUUUGUACCAGCCUUGACUGACCCUCAAAGCACAGAAUUCAAAACACUAUCAGUAACCAUUACUACAAUUUGUGACACAAUCUUCCGACAAAGAUAUGGGCUUAGUUUCGUUCAGACGACUGUUACUCAAUUCAGACCUGUGCCUCGUCUCGGUCAGGAUCCUAACACAGAGGUGGAUUUGGAACUGGAGUUCAAUGCGACCUCCACAGUACCUAUCCCCAAGGACAGUGACAUUGUUGAAACAUUGAAAGAGGCUGUGACCAAUCCAAACUCUAACUUCAACUUAUCUUUGGAUCUGAACUCCAUCACUGUGAUAAAUACCCCUGCUACAACAACUGUUCCUGCUACAACUGCCAUAACAACGGCACCUCCUCCAGUGGUGGAAUUACAAGUCACCUUGCAGCAAGCUUUUGUACCAGCCUUGACUGACCCUCAAAGCACAGAAUUCAAAACACUAUCAGUAACCAUUACUACAAUUUGUGACACAAUCUUCCGACAAAGAUAUGGGCUUAGUUUCGUUCAGACGACUGUUACUCAAUUCAGACCUGUGCCUCGUCUCGGUCAGGAUCCUAACACAGAGGUGGAUUUGGAACUGGAGUUCAAUGCGACCUCCACAGUACCUAUCCCCAAGGACAGUGACAUUGUUGAAACAUUGAAAGAGGCUGUGACCAAUCCAAACUCUAACUUCAACUUAUCUUUGGAUCUGAACUCCAUCACUGUGAUAAAUACCCCUGCUACAACAACUGUUCCUGCUACAACUGCCAUAACAACGGCACCUCCUCCAGUGGUGGAAUUACAAGUCACCUUGCAGCAAGCUUUUGUACCAGCCUUGACUGACCCUCAAAGCACAGAAUUCAAAACACUAUCAGUAACCAUUACUACAAUUUGUGACACAAUCUUCCGACAAAGAUAUGGGCUUAGUUUCGUUCAGACGACUGUUACUCAAUUCAGACCUGUGCCUCGUCUCGGUCAGGAUCCUAACACAGAGGUGGAUUUGGAACUGGAGUUCAAUGCGACCUCCACAGUACCUAUCCCCAAGGACAGUGACAUUGUUGAAACAUUGAAAGAGGCUGUGACCAAUCCAAACUCUAACUUCAACUUAUCUUUGGAUCUGAACUCCAUCACUGUGAUAAAUACCCCUGCUACAACAACUGUUCCUGCUACAACUGCCAUAACAACGGCACCUCCUCCAGUGGUGGAAUUACAAGUCACCUUGCAGCAAGCUUUUGUACCAGCCUUGACUGACCCUCAAAGCACAGAAUUCAAAACACUAUCAGUAACCAUUACUACAAUUUGUGACACAAUCUUCCGACAAAGAUAUGGGCUUAGUUUCGUUCAGACGACUGUUACUCAAUUCAGACCUGUGCCUCGUCUCGGUCAGGAUCCUAACACAGAGGUGGAUUUGGAACUGGAGUUCAAUGCGACCUCCACAGUACCUAUCCCCAAGGACAGUGACAUUGUUGAAACAUUGAAAGAGGCUGUGACCAAUCCAAACUCUAACUUCAACUUAUCUUUGGAUCUGAACUCCAUCACUGUGAUAAAUACCCCUGCUACAACAACUGUUCCUGCUACAACUGCCAUAACAACGGCACCUCCUCCAGUGGUGGAAUUACAAGUCACCUUGCAGCAAGCUUUUGUACCAGCCUUGACUGACCCUCAAAGCACAGAAUUCAAAACACUAUCAGUAACCAUUACUACAAUUUGUGACACAAUCUUCCGACAAAGAUAUGGGCUUAGUUUCGUUCAGACGACUGUUACUCAAUUCAGACCUGUGCCUCGUCUCGGUCAGGAUCCUAACACAGAGGUGGAUUUGGAACUGGAGUUCAAUGCGACCUCCACAGUACCUAUCCCCAAGGACAGUGACAUUGUUGAAACAUUGAAAGAGGCUGUGACCAAUCCAAACUCUAACUUCAACUUAUCUUUGGAUCUGAACUCCAUCACUGUGAUAAAUACCCCUGCUACAACAACUGUUCCUGCUACAACUGCCAUAACAACGGCACCUCCUCCAGUGGUGGAAUUACAAGUCACCUUGCAGCAAGCUUUUGUACCAGCCUUGACUGACCCUCAAAGCACAGAAUUCAAAACACUAUCAGUAACCAUUACUACAAUUUGUGACACAAUCUUCCGACAAAGAUAUGGGCUUAGUUUCGUUCAGACGACUGUUACUCAAUUCAGACCUGUGCCUCGUCUCGGUCAGGAUCCUAACACAGAGGUGGAUUUGGAACUGGAGUUCAAUGCGACCUCCACAGUACCUAUCCCCAAGGACAGUGACAUUGUUGAAACAUUGAAAGAGGCUGUGACCAAUCCAAACUCUAACUUCAACUUAUCUUUGGAUCUGAACUCCAUCACUGUGAUAAAUACCCCUGCUACAACAACUGUUCCUGCUACAACUGCCAUAACAACGGCACCUCCUCCAGUGGUGGAAUUACAAGUCACCUUGCAGCAAGCUUUUGUACCAGCCUUGACUGACCCUCAAAGCACAGAAUUCAAAACACUAUCAGUAACCAUUACUACAAUUUGUGACACAAUCUUCCGACAAAGAUAUGGGCUUAGUUUCGUUCAGACGACUGUUACUCAAUUCAGACCUGUGCCUCGUCUCGGUCAGGAUCCUAACACAGAGGUGGAUUUGGAACUGGAGUUCAAUGCGACCUCCACAGUACCUAUCCCCAAGGACAGUGACAUUGUUGAAACAUUGAAAGAGGCUGUGACCAAUCCAAACUCUAACUUCAACUUAUCUUUGGAUCUGAACUCCAUCACUGUGAUAAAUACCCCUGCUACAACAACUGUUCCUGCUACAACUGCCAUAACAACGGCACCUCCUCCAGUGGUGGAAUUACAAGUCACCUUGCAGCAAGCUUUUGUACCAGCCUUGACUGACCCUCAAAGCACAGAAUUCAAAACACUAUCAGUAACCAUUACUACAAUUUGUGACACAAUCUUCCGACAAAGAUAUGGGCUUAGUUUCGUUCAGACGACUGUUACUCAAUUCAGACCUGUGCCUCGUCUCGGUCAGGAUCCUAACACAGAGGUGGAUUUGGAACUGGAGUUCAAUGCGACCUCCACAGUACCUAUCCCCAAGGACAGUGACAUUGUUGAAACAUUGAAAGAGGCUGUGACCAAUCCAAACUCUAACUUCAACUUAUCUUUGGAUCUGAACUCCAUCACUGUGAUAAAUACCCCUGCUACAACAACUGUUCCUGCUACAACUGCCAUAACAACGGCACCUCCUCCAGUGGUGGAAUUACAAGUCACCUUGCAGCAAGCUUUUGUACCAGCCUUGACUGACCCUCAAAGCACAGAAUUCAAAACACUAUCAGUAACCAUUACUACAAUUUGUGACACAAUCUUCCGACAAAGAUAUGGGCUUAGUUUCGUUCAGACGACUGUUACUCAAUUCAGACCUGUGCCUCGUCUCGGUCAGGAUCCUAACACAGAGGUGGAUUUGGAACUGGAGUUCAAUGCGACCUCCACAGUACCUAUCCCCAAGGACAGUGACAUUGUUGAAACAUUGAAAGAGGCUGUGACCAAUCCAAACUCUAACUUCAACUUAUCUUUGGAUCUGAACUCCAUCACUGUGAUAAAUACCCCUGCUACAACAACUGUUCCUGCUACAACUGCCAUAACAACGGCACCUCCUCCAGUGGUGGAAUUACAAGUCACCUUGCAGCAAGCUUUUGUACCAGCCUUGACUGACCCUCAAAGCACAGAAUUCAAAACACUAUCAGUAACCAUUACUACAAUUUGUGACACAAUCUUCCGACAAAGAUAUGGGCUUAGUUUCGUUCAGACGACUGUUACUCAAUUCAGACCUGUGCCUCGUCUCGGUCAGGAUCCUAACACAGAGGUGGAUUUGGAACUGGAGUUCAAUGCGACCUCCACAGUACCUAUCCCCAAGGACAGUGACAUUGUUGAAACAUUGAAAGAGGCUGUGACCAAUCCAAACUCUAACUUCAACUUAUCUUUGGAUCUGAACUCCAUCACUGUGAUAAAUACCCCUGCUACAACAACUGUUCCUGCUACAACUGCCAUAACAACGGCACCUCCUCCAGUGGUGGAAUUACAAGUCACCUUGCAGCAAGCUUUUGUACCAGCCUUGACUGACCCUCAAAGCACAGAAUUCAAAACACUAUCAGUAACCAUUACUACAAUUUGUGACACAAUCUUCCGACAAAGAUAUGGGCUUAGUUUCGUUCAGACGACUGUUACUCAAUUCAGACCUGUGCCUCGUCUCGGUCAGGAUCCUAACACAGAGGUGGAUUUGGAACUGGAGUUCAAUGCGACCUCCACAGUACCUAUCCCCAAGGACAGUGACAUUGUUGAAACAUUGAAAGAGGCUGUGACCAAUCCAAACUCUAACUUCAACUUAUCUUUGGAUCUGAACUCCAUCACUGUGAUAAAUACCCCUGCUACAACAACUGUUCCUGCUACAACUGCCAUAACAACGGCACCUCCUCCAGUGGUGGAAUUACAAGUCACCUUGCAGCAAGCUUUUGUACCAGCCUUGACUGACCCUCAAAGCACAGAAUUCAAAACACUAUCAGUAACCAUUACUACAAUUUGUGACACAAUCUUCCGACAAAGAUAUGGGCUUAGUUUCGUUCAGACGACUGUUACUCAAUUCAGACCUGUGCCUCGUCUCGGUCAGGAUCCUAACACAGAGGUGGAUUUGGAACUGGAGUUCAAUGCGACCUCCACAGUACCUAUCCCCAAGGACAGUGACAUUGUUGAAACAUUGAAAGAGGCUGUGACCAAUCCAAACUCUAACUUCAACUUAUCUUUGGAUCUGAACUCCAUCACUGUGAUAAAUACCCCUGCUACAACAACUGUUCCUGCUACAACUGCCAUAACAACGGCACCUCCUCCAGUGGUGGAAUUACAAGUCACCUUGCAGCAAGCUUUUGUACCAGCCUUGACUGACCCUCAAAGCACAGAAUUCAAAACACUAUCAGUAACCAUUACUACAAUUUGUGACACAAUCUUCCGACAAAGAUAUGGGCUUAGUUUCGUUCAGACGACUGUUACUCAAUUCAGACCUGUGCCUCGUCUCGGUCAGGAUCCUAACACAGAGGUGGAUUUGGAACUGGAGUUCAAUGCGACCUCCACAGUACCUAUCCCCAAGGACAGUGACAUUGUUGAAACAUUGAAAGAGGCUGUGACCAAUCCAAACUCUAACUUCAACUUAUCUUUGGAUCUGAACUCCAUCACUGUGAUAAAUACCCCUGCUACAACAACUGUUCCUGCUACAACUGCCAUAACAACGGCACCUCCUCCAGUGGUGGAAUUACAAGUCACCUUGCAGCAAGCUUUUGUACCAGCCUUGACUGACCCUCAAAGCACAGAAUUCAAAACACUAUCAGUAACCAUUACUACAAUUUGUGACACAAUCUUCCGACAAAGAUAUGGGCUUAGUUUCGUUCAGACGACUGUUACUCAAUUCAGACCUGUGCCUCGUCUCGGUCAGGAUCCUAACACAGAGGUGGAUUUGGAACUGGAGUUCAAUGCGACCUCCACAGUACCUAUCCCCAAGGACAGUGACAUUGUUGAAACAUUGAAAGAGGCUGUGACCAAUCCAAACUCUAACUUCAACUUAUCUUUGGAUCUGAACUCCAUCACUGUGAUAAAUACCCCUGCUACAACAACUGUUCCUGCUACAACUGCCAUAACAACGGCACCUCCUCCAGUGGUGGAAUUACAAGUCACCUUGCAGCAAGCUUUUGUACCAGCCUUGACUGACCCUCAAAGCACAGAAUUCAAAACACUAUCAGUAACCAUUACUACAAUUUGUGACACAAUCUUCCGACAAAGAUAUGGGCUUAGUUUCGUUCAGACGACUGUUACUCAAUUCAGACCUGUGCCUCGUCUCGGUCAGGAUCCUAACACAGAGGUGGAUUUGGAACUGGAGUUCAAUGCGACCUCCACAGUACCUAUCCCCAAGGACAGUGACAUUGUUGAAACAUUGAAAGAGGCUGUGACCAAUCCAAACUCUAACUUCAACUUAUCUUUGGAUCUGAACUCCAUCACUGUGAUAAAUACCCCUGCUACAACAACUGUUCCUGCUACAACUGCCAUAACAACGGCACCUCCUCCAGUGGUGGAAUUACAAGUCACCUUGCAGCAAGCUUUUGUACCAGCCUUGACUGACCCUCAAAGCACAGAAUUCAAAACACUAUCAGUAACCAUUACUACAAUUUGUGACACAAUCUUCCGACAAAGAUAUGGGCUUAGUUUCGUUCAGACGACUGUUACUCAAUUCAGACCUGUGCCUGGUCUCGGUCAGGAUCCUAACACAGAGGUGGAUUUGGAACUGGAGUUCAAUGCGACCUCCACAGUACCUAUCCCCAAGGACAGUGACAUUGUUGAAACAUUGAAAGAGGCUGUGACCAAUCCAAACUCUAACUUCAACUUAUCUUUGGAUCUGAACUCCAUCACUGUGAUAAAUACCCCUGCUACAACAACUGUUCCUGCUACAACUGCCAUAACAACGGCACCUCCUCCAGUGGUGGAAUUACAAGUCACCUUGCAGCAAGCUUUUGUACCAGCCUUGACUGACCCUCAAAGCACAGAAUUCAAAACACUAUCAGUAACCAUUACUACAAUUUGUGACACAAUCUUCCGACAAAGAUAUGGGCUUAGUUUCGUUCAGACGACUGUUACUCAAUUCAGACCUGUGCCUCGGUCUCGACCUGUGCCUCGUCUCGGUCAGGAUCCUAACACAGAGGUGGAUUUGGAACUGGAGUUCAAUGCGACCUCCACAGUACCUAUCCCCAAGGACAGUGACAUUGUUGAAACAUUGAAAGAGGCUGUGACCAAUCCAAACUCUAACUUCAACUUAUCUUUGGAUCUGAACUCCAUCACUGUGAUAAGUUCAAGUGACAAUGACUUUAGGCUUAAUGAUCGACCUGUGCCUCGUCUCGGUCAGGAUCCUAACACAGAGGUGGAUUUGGAACUGGAGUUCAAUGCGACCUCCACAGUACCUAUCCCCAAGGACAGUGACAUUGUUGAAACAUUGAAAGAGGCUGUGACCAAUCCAAACUCUAACUUCAACUUAUCUUUGGAUCUGAACUCCAUCACUGUGAUAAGUUCAAGUGACAAUGACUUUAGGCUUAAUGAUCGACCUGUGCCUCGUCUCGGUCAGGAUCCUAACACAGAGGUGGAUUUGGAACUGGAGUUCAAUGCGACCUCCACAGUACCUAUCCCCAAGGACAGUGACAUUGUUGAAACAUUGAAAGAGGCUGUGACCAAUCCAAACUCUAACUUCAACUUAUCUUUGGAUCUGAACUCCAUCACUGUGAUAAGUUCAAGUGACAAUGACUUUAGGCUUAAUGAUCGACCUGUGCCUCGUCUCGGUCAGGAUCCUAACACAGAGGUGGAUUUGGAACUGGAGUUCAAUGCGACCUCCACAGUACCUAUCCCCAAGGACAGUGACAUUGUUGAAACAUUGAAAGAGGCUGUGACCAAUCCAAACUCUAACUUCAACUUAUCUUUGGAUCUGAACUCCAUCACUGUGAUAAGUUCAAGUGACAAUGACUUUAGGCUUAAUGAUCGACCUGUGCCUCGUCUCGGUCAGGAUCCUAACACAGAGGUGGAUUUGGAACUGGAGUUCAAUGCGACCUCCACAGUACCUAUCCCCAAGGACAGUGACAUUGUUGAAACAUUGAAAGAGGCUGUGACCAAUCCAAACUCUAACUUCAACUUAUCUUUGGAUCUGAACUCCAUCACUGUGAUAAGUUCAAGUGACAAUGACUUUAGGCUUAAUGAUCGACCUGUGCCUCGUCUCGGUCAGGAUCCUAACACAGAGGUGGAUUUGGAACUGGAGUUCAAUGCGACCUCCACAGUACCUAUCCCCAAGGACAGUGACAUUGUUGAAACAUUGAAAGAGGCUGUGACCAAUCCAAACUCUAACUUCAACUUAUCUUUGGAUCUGAACUCCAUCACUGUGAUAAGUUCAAGUGACAAUGACUUUAGGCUUAAUGAUCGACCUGUGCCUCGUCUCGGUCAGGAUCCUAACACAGAGGUGGAUUUGGAACUGGAGUUCAAUGCGACCUCCACAGUACCUAUCCCCAAGGACAGUGACAUUGUUGAAACAUUGAAAGAGGCUGUGACCAAUCCAAACUCUAACUUCAACUUAUCUUUGGUUCUGAACUCCAUCACUGUGAUAAGUUCAAGUGACAAUGACUUUAGGCUUAAUGAUCGACCUGUGCCUCGUCUCGGUCAGGAUCCUAACACAGAGGUGGAUUUGGAACUGGAGUUCAAUGCGACCUCCACAGUACCUAUCCCCAAGGACAGUGACAUUGUUGAAACAUUGAAAGAGGCUGUGACCAAUCCAAACUCUAACUUCAACUUAUCUUUGGAUCUGAACUCCAUCACUGUGAUAAGUUCAAGUGACAAUGACUUUAGGCUUAAUGAUCGACCUGUGCCUCGUCUCGGUCAGGAUCCUAACACAGAGGUGGAUUUGGAACUGGAGUUCAAUGCGACCUCCACAGUACCUAUCCCCAAGGACAGUGACAUUGUUGAAACAUUGAAAGAGGCUGUGACCAAUCCAAACUCUAACUUCAACUUAUCUUUGGAUCUGAACUCCAUCACUGUGAUAAGUUCAAGUGACAAUGACUUUAGGCUUAAUGAUCGACCUGUACCUCGUCUCGGUCAGGAUCCUAACACAGAGGUGGAUUUGGAACUGGAGUUCAAUGCGACCUCCACAGUACCUAUCCCCAAGGACAGUGACAUUGUUGAAACAUUGAAAGAGGCUGUGACCAAUCCAAACUCUAACUUCAACUUAUCUUUGGUUCUGAACUCCAUCACUGUGAUAAGUUCAAGUGACAAUGACUUUAGGCUUAAUGAUCGACCUGUGCCUCGUCUCGGUCAGGAUCCUAACACAGAGGUGGAUUUGGAACUGGAGUUCAAUGCGACCUCCACAGUACCUAUCCCCAAGGACAGUGACAUUGUUGAAACAUUGAAAGAGGCUGUGACCAAUCCAAACUCUAACUUCAACUUAUCUUUGGAUCUGAACUCCAUCACUGUGAUAAGUAAGCAAACCCAAUCAAUCGGUGCUCCAAAAAUAUCCAUUGACAAGGACCUCAAGCACAGCCACAGAUGUCUCAACAAAUACAACAGCUACACCUAUUGCAACAUCAACAACAAAAGGAAUCACAACCACUACUUCCAUCUCAGUCGACCAGUGUUCCGUUCUCGUAUGGCAGCAGACACACAGGUGGUGCUGGAAGUGGUGUUCAAUGAGACCGCCAUUGCAACUAUCGCUAAUGCAACUAUGCCCAAGGACAUUGACAUUAAAGACACACUGAAAGAGGCUGCGACCAAUCCAAACUCUGCCUUCAACCUCUCUGUGGUUCCAAACUCCAUCACUAUUAUCAGUAAGGGUCCCAAAUACAUCCACAAGUGCCACCACAAUUACAACGGCUACUCCUGUCAUCACAACCGUUGUCCCAGCUGCUCCAACCACAACCUCUGUGGUCACAAUGACCUGCUCAAAGGGUUCCAGGACUCUGCACACCUCCUCCACCACCUCCCAUUCCUCUUGGGCGAGAGCAUCAACAGGUGCAUUGACAAUGGCCAGGGUAGAGAUGAUGUCAUCCUUUGA